CUCUGACAGACUAUAAAACCUCUGCAGUCUGACUCUCUGCUCUUCCUGCCUCCUCAGCAUCUCAGAGCAAGUGUUCAACACAGCUGUUUUCCUGACUGCAGAGAUGGCAGUGCCCUGCACAAUCAUCAUGGCUGCUACAGUACUUACAGCCCUUAUGCCACCCAUCUAUUGUUUGGAGGAAACCAGAGAACCCAGCAGAGACCCACGUAGACACGGGGAGAACAUGCAAACUCCACGCAGGGACCUGCCCAUUGUGGAGGAAACCAGAGAACCCAGCAGAGACCCACGUAGACACGGGGAGAACAUGCAAACUCCACACAGGGACCUGCCCAUUGUGAACUCCGGCCCAUUUCAUCUGGACAUAGUUCCUGAAUCUGUUGAUGACAUGUACAAAGGCUGCACCAAGGAGAUGGAGAAGAAAGUCAACAGCACAUAUUUCAACAAAGAGAAUGUGGGAACAUUGAAAAUGGUCUGGACAGAAUGUUCAAAAAAAACAUACCCACAGAAUAAGGCUCUUACCAAAAAUCACAUGCAGGCAAUCUGUGCUUAUACAUCUGACUCCAAAAAUAAUAAAAAUGAUAAAAAACUUUAUGAUGAAUUCAAUGAAGCAGUCCGGACUGGUAGGAACAUCUAUGGCAGCUCCUUCAAAUUCCAUUCUUUACAUUUUUGGCUGACUACUGCCAUACAAAUCCUGAAAAAAAGCCCAAAAAAACAAGGCUGUCAGACUACUUAUCGAAGAACCAAAGCUGUGUUCACUGGCAAAGUUAAGCAAAUAAUUCGGUUUGGUGCGUUUGCCUCCAGCUCUAAAAAAAAAAACCUUUAUCAAUUUGGUAUGAAGACCUGCUUUGAAAUUAAGACCUGUUCAGGAGCUGCCCUGGGGAAUUAUUCGAAGCAUCCACAUGAGGAAGAGGUGCUUAUCCCCCCCUAUGAAACAUUCAAGAUAACCAAGAUUAUUGAAGGUCGGGGUAAAUAUAAAAAUCUGAAGGAUUGUGAGAAGGUCUUUGUUUUGAAGAGUGAACGAAAAGAUAAAAGUAACCUAAACUGCAAAGCUGCAAAAAAAUGAGAGAGCAGAGUUUUCUUUUACUGAUGGAGAAAAUAAAUAAAAUGAGUUUUGUUCUGUAAACAUCAUAAAUCAAUCAAUAAAUCUAUAAAUCUCUACAACAGCUGUACUGAAGUCAAUCAUCGUGCAUCACAACAUCAUCUAUUACUGUGUACAGUAUCAGAUGUAGGAGCAUCUGUGCUGUUUGACAUUGAUUUCUAUGUGCAGCAGACUGUAUGUCUCUGUAUGGAAUCAAUACAUGUGUGAUAUAAUAAAAAUGAUGAAUGAUAAACUACCAACACAGACAUGAACACUGACUGUCUCUAACAGUGUUUCUGGUCUGUUUCAACAUCAUUUAUUGUCCAAAAGCCUCUGAGCAAUACUGUUUCUCUCUUUUAAAAACUAUUAUUGUUGUUUUCAUUUGUAAUUUUAUUUGAAAUAUUUUUGUUUGUCACUUUUUAUCAGCACUGUAAUGUUGAUUUGAACAAUGACAAUAAUGUUGAUUCUGAUUCUACUCAAUAUUCUCAUAACUAACCAAAUAAAGAAUGUUAACACGUGUGCAGCGUCAACAACAAAUAAACAAACACAAACAGUCAGAAACUCAUUCAGUCAUGUUGAUGUUGAUGGAAA